AUGGACAAGUUCCAGGCUUUCGGCAAGAACAUCUCUGCCACUUUCACGCCGUUUGCUGCCCGAACGCAGCAGUAUGUCAAGGAGCAGCUUGGCCAAGCCGAUGAUAAGACCCAGCUCCCUCCCGACUACAUCGAGCUCGAGAAGCGAGUCGAUGCCCUGAAGAAGGUGCACUCUACUAUGCUGCAGGUCACCUCUCAGUACUCGAACGAAGCCUACGACUAUCCCGCCAACAUCCGCGAGUCCUUCAACGAUCUCGGCCGCACCGUCUCCGAGAAAGUCCACCUCCUGUCCUCCGCGACUUCGCCCGCCGAAGCCCAAGCCGCCCUCACCGCACCUCCCGCCGCGAAGCCGCAGCCCAAGACCUUCAGCCACGCCGUUGCCCGUGCCGCCCUGAACAGCUCGCACAUUCUGUCCGGUGAGCAUUCCGGUGCCGGCGAAGACCCGCUCGCGACCGCCCUCGAGAAGUUCGCUAUUGCCAGCGAGAAGGUCGGAGAGGCUAGGCUCGCACAAGAUGCCCAGAUCCAGAGCAGAUUUCUGGCGGGCUGGAGUACGACGCUGAACACGAAUAUUAUGUUUGCGACGCGGGCCCGCAAGGCGGUGGAGAACUCGCGGUUGAGCUUGGAUGCUACGAAGGCUAAUGCUAAGGGUGGUGCUUUCUCUCUGCCUGGCCAGGCCGGCCGGAAAGAUGGCAUGGAGGAGGAGAUUAGUGAGGAGGCGAGGGCUAAGAUUGAGCAGGCUGAGGAUGAGUUCGUGGGGCAGACGGAGGAGGCCGUUGGUGUCAUGAAGAAUGUCCUCGACACCCCCGAACCGCUCCGCAACCUCGCGGACCUCAUCGCUGCCCAGCUCGAGUACCACAAGAAGGCAUACGAGAUCCUCUCUGAACUGGCUCCCGUCGUCGACCAGCUGCAGGUCGAACAAGAGGUGCGUCGCCACGAGUCGUCUGAUUUCUGA